GCCUGAUUUCACUCCGCUGUAGAGACGGAUUGAGGACGUCGCUUUAACUAACCGCUUCAUCUUCACUUCUACACUUUGACUCUUUCUGGAUUACAUUCAUCUCCAUUGAGGAGCCAAUAACACCAGCCAACACACAGAAAUCAGUGAGGAUACUGGUCAGCAUGAUGGAGAAGGACGUCCCGCAGGAGAGGAGCACGGAUCUGGGGGAUGAGAUGUCGGAAGAGAGAUUUCUCAAAGACCUCUACCUCUUUAUGAAAGACAGAGGAACUCCUAUUGAGAGAAUACCUCAUCUAGGCUUCAAGCAGAUCGAUAUGUUCCUAAUGUACAAAACAGUGAAGGAGCUGGGAGGCUAUCAGCAGGUUACUACACAGCAGUUAUGGAAAAAAGUUUACAACAUACUUGGAGGAAACCCACGCAGCACCAGUGCAGCCACAUGCACUCGCAGACACUAUGAAAAGCUUCUUCUACCUUAUGAGUGUCACCAAACUGGAUACAGGGAUGAUUUAGUCUUCAGGAGCCCUCGACCACAAAAGCGCUUCCAUCCGGGCAGUUACCAUGACUUUGAGCAGGAGUACCCCAGGAAUGACAAACGGACAGAUUUCCGACAUCUCCCGGUAUUCCCUCAGACCUCUCCGAGUAUGUUCACGGAGCAUCAGAGACCGAUUUUUAGCAUGCCUCCUCCAUUCUUUCCACAUGGAAGCACACCUCUGUCCAAUUACAUCGCUCUUCGGGAAUCCACCCUGCCCCAUUUGAGCCUCAACCCUUCUCAGGAUCUUCCCAGAAUGCCUGCUUCAUAUAUGAGUAUACCAUCUGUGGAUGUUCAGAUUUGCAAACGGUCCAUAAAAACGCUACGUGACCUAGCUAACGAGUACAGGUCAACAGCUGGUUUGGAGGAACCUCUCAACCUUAGCCAGACGAAAAACAGACUUGAAACAUUGAGCGACACACCAUCAUCUUUCAGCCCUUGUUCCAAAAAGCCCAAGUUCCUCAAUGAAGCUUCUUCUCUUUACCCUCAAAGGAGUUUGAGUACAGAAGAAGGUGCAGAGCAAGAAGAACCAGCUGACGGGACAUCAACUGGAGAAGGGUCUGUAAGAUCGGGACAGAGUCCACCGAAGCCUGAUGUCAUUGACCUCACCUCAUCUUCCAAUGCAAAUCCAGUCCCAAGGAGACCAAGUCCUCCCUCGGUCAAUCUCUUCAACCGUAGACCACACUACUCAGAAGCAGUCGCUAUGAAAUCCCGGGAACGAGACCUACAUAAAGACUGGGUGAAGGAAGAGUCUUCUGGUGCACCUGCACCCAAGUUGGUGCACCGAAGCAAUCCCCUUGGACUACCAAUCCCGGAAUCCAACAGCAACAUGGAGAUACAGAUUCCUCUAAAGCUUCUUCAUGAGCUCAUAAGGAGAGGAAUGAUUUCCAACCCGGGAUUGACAGCAAAUGGGUCUGCGUUUCAAGACCCAACCAAAGCCGAAGCACAACACGAGCACAAGUUCCAAGUGCGAUCACGUUCAGAGAGCUCUGAGAGUUCAUCCACAGGUGAGGAGCCAGCCAAUUUGAGUCUGAAGAGUUCUUUUAGAAACCCGACAGAUCCCAUCUCUCAGGAUAAUGCCAUGAAGAAGCUCAGACUCUUUGGUGGCAAUGGGGUUCCAGCAGAUUCAAAGCCCCAGAUGUUCAGUUCUUAUCAAGUAAACCACUCGCUUAAGGUCACGUUAGAAAGGGAUGCACCUAGACCCUCUCAACCCAAACUGGUGCAAGUUCCUGUGAUAAAGAACCAAGAAAGCAUGAAUCCCAGACUCCACAGUUACAGUGAAGAAUCUCCACUCUCUUUGACCAUGAAGCUUGGAAGAAACCCAGAGAAGGCGAUGGCAACAUCUAACACUGAGGCGAAGGAAAUACCAUCUUCCCCACUUCUGCUACCAGACCACCUCAAAUUCCUUCUGGCUAACCUGCCCUAUAGACUGGAAAGAGGGCAGACGUUUUGAGAUCGUACACAUGUGAUAAUCGAUCGAUGUCAUAAUCUUGCCAAAUAACUCAAUCCAAAUCAGCGAAUAAGCUGAAAAGAGAAAUGCUGAGGAUACACAUGAUGGACGCAUGUCAAUGAAUGGAACAUUUGUUUGUAAUGUACAUAUCCAUCGAAAGGGUCAGCUCAGGGAAGAAGUGGAACUUUGCUUGUCAAGUCAUCUUUAUUUUUACAAUGUAGAUUGCAUCAAUGCAGCUUUACACAGAUGAAGAAAAAAAGAAUAAAAUGCCUUAACACUAUUGCAGAUUGUGGAACAUAUUCAGCAAAUCAGGCAGGCAGAAGUAGUGGCAGUAUGCUGGUGUAGUUCUAGAUAAAACAAUUAAGAAUAUGAAUGUCACUCUUGAAGGACACUACUAAUGAAGUUCAGCUCCACUGACCCAAACCAAAGCCAGAGGCCACAGUGCCAAAGAACCAAAACUUCACCAAUCUGUGUGGAAAACUAACUAGGCUCAGUCGUGGGACCACUUCUCCUAUGGCUAAACAGAAAAGAGGCAGAGCUGCAGUUUAAAAUACAUUGGAGAGACAGUGAUCAAUGACCAUACGUCAUGUCGAAGGUCCAAGUAGGUCACCUGGCAGAUGUUCAGACUAGCCGAAGUUUGUUUGCAUAUUUGUCUGUUGUGAGACUGUUCAUAAGCUGUGGUACAAUUUUGUUUACUCUGUAGCACGACUUGUAGCUUUAUGAAGAAGCACUGAUAUUUUGGCAGCCGUUUUUUAUUUUGUGAUUUUUAUUAUUAUUAAAAUGUAAACAAAAAAGGAUAUAUAAGUUUGAUAGUUUGUAUCAUUUGUCCUAUUUCUAUGACAAAAUGUUAAAAUAAAUGUUUUUUU